UGAUAACACUUGUGACCUAAGCUUUUCUCUGAUUACCAUUUCCUCUGUGGAUUUACUACUAGAGUUGCUCUUCAUUUUAAACUGGCUUUCACUUUCACUCUCUCUCCUCUCUCUCUUUGUCUCUCUCAUCUCUUUCUCUCUCUCUCUCUCUAAGCUAUCAUUACCAGGUAAAUCACUGCUAUAGUCUCUCUCGCUCUCUCUCUAAGACUGUAACCGGACUCCCUCUCUACCUCUCUCGAACUACCUGCUUCACCCCUUCAUAAAUGGCGGAAACAUUAGUUGAAACCCUGAUUUUCCUCUACAUAGAAAUAGGGUACCCAGUUAUCCAUUUCUCCUGAUCUGGUCUGUAGAAUCAAUUUCAUCGAAGGAAAACUAAAUCCCAACGUAGUUUUGAAGUUUGAACUCCUACAACCCCAAGAAAAUGGAGUUCAUACCCCAAACUAACGGUUUAUUUCUCAUUUUCCUCUUUUUCUCUGUGAUUUUCCUCUCUAUUUCAUCUCUAUAUGUAACUUCUUCUGAAGAAAUCCCCAGCUCAAUCGACCAUCAAGAUCAACAUGCUACUCAGCUACAAAGACUCGAAACCCUAAUCCAAAGCCUCAAUGAAACCAUUAGCAGGCUUGAGAUAUCCGUCCUUGAGUGCUCAAGGAACAAAGCCAAGUUGUUGAAACCCGAAGGCAAUGAAGAAAGAAGUCUUGAAAGACUCAAAACAGGUAUUGUGGUCACCAAGAACAAGCCCUCAUGGUCUGAAAAGUUUGAAUUUUUAUCUGCAAUCAAGCUUGAGCACGAACCCACUUGCAUAAAUGUCCUUCCUUUUGAUGAUUACCAGGGAUUCAGUAAAUAUGUAGCCGUGGGGGAUGAGCUAGGGAGAGUUUACGUGUUUUUGAGUAAUGGUGAUGUUUUAAUGGAAUUCCAAACACUGUCUAAUUCAUCUGUUACUUCCAUGUUAUCGUACAUGUCUUUUAAUAAGAAUGAAAGUUUACUAGUUACUGGGCAUAGUGAUGGGUCUAUACUGGUUCAUAGAGUUUGGGAAGCCAUCAAUGGAGUCCCGUUUACAGCUGAGGACUUGCAUUUUAUCAGAAUUGCGCAUCUGGGUACUCUUGUUUUGGCAAUAAAAAAUGACCCUUUUGAUGCGUUAGAAAGAAUUUCAGUUUUGGAGGUGCACCAGAUUGGUAGAAUGAGAUAUAUACUGGGUUGUGAUCUUAGAGGGAAGAUAAAAGUUUUUAGAGAGAAUGGUUCUUUAUAUGGGGUUGCUAUGGCACCUAGUAGACCUAUUGCUUUUAUAAGACAAAGGCUUUUGUUCUUAACUGAGACUGGAUCUGGGUCUCUAGACUUGAGAACCAUGACAAUUAGGACUGGUGAGUGUGAUGGCUUGAAUCGGUCACUUGCAAAAACUUACGUUUUUGAUGCGUCGGAGAGAUCUAAAGCUUAUGGGUUCACUUCAGAAGGGGAUUUGAUUCAUGUUGUUCUUUUGGGUGAUAUUCUUAAUUUCAAAUGCAUGGUCAAGGCUAGAAGGAAAUUUGAGCUUGGGGGCAUUUUAGAGGUGCAGGUAAUAAAAGGUUUCCUUUUGGUGGUUAAUGAAGAGAAGGUCUUUGUGUAUAAUGCAUCUUCAAGGUAUCAUGUUCGGGCUGGUAGCCUGAGGCCCCUUUUCUAUGCAAAAAUUGAUGAGAUUUUGUCAGAAUUCGCGACUGCACCCUCAUUGCCUGGAGGUGAUAGAAGGCCUCUGGUUGCUUCUAACCGAGAAAGGCUUCUCGUUUUAGGGCUUGGAAGUGGGUAUAUUGCGAUGUAUCGUUCCAAUCUUCCUAUUUACAAAGCCGAAUAUGAUGCCAUGCUUUGGAGUACCCCAGUUUUGCUUUUCAUUUUAUUUCUUAUUGGUUUGUGGCAUUUCUUUGGGAAGAAGAAAGAGGCAUUUGCCUUGUGGAGUUCCGAUGAUGCUUUUGGUGUGGGAGGAGGUUCAUUGGGGUUAGGAGGUAGGAGCUUUGGGGAUUCUUCAAGGCCUGGUUUAAGGGAAUUGAGAGACCCCAUUGGGGGGCCAUCAUUGAGGUAUAAGUCACCUUCUCAGUAUCCUGUGAGCCAGCCUGGCUAUGGUGAUCGAGGUUCUGUUCCUUAUAUUUCUGGUUCCACCGAACCCAACUUCAGAACUGGUGGUGAAUUGAACUUCAGGUCCCAGAACCUUGAUGCUACGGCCUUCUCCAAGAGAAGAGAGUCUCUGGCACAGCACACAAAAGAGUUAUAGAAAAUACUAUGCUUGUAUACUUUACAUUUUGCAUGUUAAAAUUUGUGCCCAAGGGGCCCAUUGAAAUUAUGAAGUAUGGGUUAAUGUUGGGAGUUUUGUAGGUCUGAGGUAAUUGGUAACUUUUAGGAUAUGAAUGAUUUGGAAAUGAAUUAAAUUUGAUGCAAUUCUGAUGGAUA